AGAACAAUAACAAAUUAGAUUGUUUUAGAGUUUCUAAUAAUUAGUAGUGAUCGAUGGCUCUUAAGUCCUUUGUAUUAAUCAUUGCCAUAUUGUCUGUGGUAACUUCAAUAAGCCAUGCUUUUGAUCCUAGUCCUUUACAAGAUUUUUGUGUUGCGGUUAAUGACUCCAUGACUACUGUUUUCGUGAAUGGAAAAGUAUGCAAAGAUCCAAAGGUUGUCACUGCUGAUGACUUCUUCAAAUCAGGCUUAAACGUAGUUGGAAAUACUUCAAAUAAAGUUGGAUCUAUUGUAACUGCUGUGAACGUCCUCAAUUUACCUGGGUUGAACACAUUGGGAAUUUCUUUAGUUCGUAUUGAUUUUGCACCAUAUGGUCUUAACCCACCUCAUACUCACCCUAGAGGAACUGAAGUUCUUACUGUCUUUGAGGGUACACUCUACGUUGGAUUUGUCCUUUCGAAUCCUGGUCCAAAUAUGAAGAAUAAGCUCUUUACCAAAAUCCUACAUCCCGGAGAUGUGUUUGUUUUUCCGAUAGGUCUCAUUCAUUUUCAAUUUAAUGUGGGAAAGACUAACGCUGUUGCAUUUGCUGGACUGAGUAGUCAAAAUCCAGGAGUCAUCACUAUUGCAAAUGCAGUAUUUGGCUCAGAUCCACCAAUCAAUGACGAUGUCCUUGCCAAAGCAUUCCAGGUUGAUAAGAAAGUUGUGGAUUAUCUCCAGUCACAAUUCUGGUGGGACAACAACUAAAUUAGCCGUAUAAGCCAAACUAUCUAUGGUGCUAUAAUUAUUUAUAAUGUGUGUUUUAUUUUGUAAUCGUUAAUAAACUUCAAGAUUAAUUAUCCAAUCAUGUUGAUUGGUUUUACUUGAUCUUUGUAUUUGAUGUACUAAGCGAGAUAUAUACGUUAUUGUUUUGGUAUAAUAAUAUUACGUUUAUCAUAUUGUUUGUUGUUAUA